GCAGCAACAGCAGCAGCAGCACUGCACGGACACGCCAGCAGGCCUAUAGGGAAGCUUGCCAGUUACAGACUGCUCCCUCUUAAUUAUCUCCAUGGCUGCUGAUGAGAGCCGACGGGAGCCGGACCUGCUCCAAAUGCGCCAAUUAUCUGCAGAAGACGGACGCGCGGCGGUGUGUAUACAGAGCAAUAUGUUCCGCUGAAAUCAAAGAGAGCUGAUUAAAACAGUCUCUUGUCGGUGGUUAUCAGUAGUUAAAAGUAGGUUACGUGUGUUGUCUGCUCUUUACGUAACCUUUUUUUUUUUUUUUUUGCGUAAUUUUGCACUGGGUACUGUUUGCCGCGUGGAGCGGGAUUAUUUUGGUGAGGUUAUCUCCAGUGCUCUCCCUCCUCCCUGCAUCCGUUGUUGUGCUCAGCAGCAGACUCAGACUCAGCCAGACGGGGACAGCAACACUGUAAACAGACGAGGAGCCGUUUUAAUGAAAGAAAGCCAACAACGCUGCACCGCGGUUGAAGCCUUCAAUCAGCAAUGCCUGGGAAUCCUCCAGCUGCUCUUCGAUGCUGUUUUCUGAGAAUGGGAUCGUAGUAAACCUCUUCGGGAUUUAGAUCAACUGCUAGGAUGUUGCAGCCUGCCGCCAGAACAGGUGACAGCCUGUUGGAAACGUUACCUCAGUGGAGUAAGCGUCCGAGAUGGGGCCUCUUCCUCACCCUCUGCGUGGCCCUCCUUUGGCCUCCGGGGGCGGAGGGAUCUGCCCUGAACUGCCAUAAGACGUGCAUCUGCGCCUCAAACAUAGUGAGCUGCUCCAAGAUGAAUCUGACCACCGUCCCGACUGCUAUACCGCUCUACACCGUCGUGCUGGACCUCAGCUAUAAUGAGAUAACGCGGCUGCGAUCCGAGUGGACCCCGAUCAAGCUCCCGAAGCUCCAUAACCUCCUCCUCAGCCACAAUGGUCUCCACUUCCUGUCUUCAGAGGCAUUCGUAAAUGUGAAGUACGUGCGCUACCUGGAUCUGUCCUCCAACAACUUGCAGCAGCUGGAUGAGGUCAUCUUUGAGCCUUUGGUCAACCUGCAGGUCCUCUUGCUGUACCAUAACCAAAUUUCACAGAUUGACCGCUCAGCCUUUGUUACCAUGGGCAACCUUCAGAAGCUCUACCUUAGCCAGAACCAAAUCUCCCGCUUCCCCCUGGAGCUGGUCAAGGAAAAGACCCGCCUGGAGAAACUUAGCCUCCUGGAUGUGUCCUCCAACAAGAUCAAGAUAUUGCCCAUUGAUGAGCUCCAGGUUCUGCCUGCUUGGAUUAAAAACGGCCUCUACUUCCACAAUAACCCUCUGCUGUGUCACUGUGAUCUCUACACACUCUUAGCCCAUUGGUACAUUCGGAAACUCAACUCUGCCGUGGACUUCAAAGAUGACUACACAUGUAUUCUGCCUGGCCCGCAAAAAACAAAAGUAGGUGUAUUUGACCUCAGCGGUGACAGUAUGAACUGCAGCACAUUCACGGAGGCAGAUGAAGAGGCUUUUCUGGAGCAAACGCUCACGCUGGGCUGUGACACCAAACACAGGGACAUGUUAAAGACCUGGACGAUGCCUGGCAACGUGCAAGUGACACCUGGAAGCAACCAAACUGCCAAAGUCCUGCAAGACGGAAGUCUGCGGAUUAGUCCGGUGAAGGCCGAGGACUCCGGGACCUACACUUGCUUUGCGACGAGCGAGGCCUUCAAUGAGACCAUCUAUGUGGUGCUGAAGGUUCACAACUUCACCAUGAACGGCGGCGGAGAGACCCUGAACACAGCGUACACCACCUUGGUGGGCUGCCUGGCCAGCGUGGUGCUGGUGCUCAUGUACCUUUACCUGACGCCGUGUCGCUGUUUCUGCUGCCCCAACAAGGGUAAGACUCGGGGAGAGGACAGCAUCCACUCGUCCAUGCUCAGUGUGACGCCGACCCAUGAGGACCCAGCGCUCAAGGCUGAGCUGAACAGGCACGUGGCAUUCAUAGACUCAAAGGACUUGCAGGGCCAGAACGGCAAGCUGAACCCCAAUGGGGAUGAGGACGACGAUGACCUCGAUGCAGAGGCUGGUUCUCUUAUGAAGGGGAAGAGGAAGAAGUCAGUAGCAGAGUCCAUUAGCUCCGUCUUUUCAGACACGCCCAUGGUGGUGUGAGAGGAGAUGAGAGGAGAUGAGAUGGAUGCUGCACGACUGGAUGUAUAUGGUACAACAUGAGCCAUGUUUUAGUUACUGUAAACUGUGACUGUGAACCUGUGGGAGAAAAACGGAGGCAGGAUGUUCAUCUGUAGUUGCUGGCAGGUGCGAAUGAGGAUCACAAAGGGAGUAACAUACAAACUGUCUUGUUGUCGACGAGGACAAUAAGCAGGACAUUUCCAGCAUUUUAAUCUGUAGCACUUAAUAUUCAUACUGUGAAGGAAUGGCAGUGUGCAUGGACAGUGGGAACUACUGAAGUCUUAUAAGAAUAACAGGAAGAUAUGUUGUUGAUAUCAGCACUCAGGAAGUGAUCGAUUAAGUUGCUUAAGUGUGGGAAAUACAUAUGAUACAAUGCACAGGCUGAAAUUAGAUUAAAAAAUAGUUCACAUACAGUAUAUAUUGAAACCGUGGCUGGCUCAUAAUUAUAUUUAUUACAGGGACUAGAAUAGAUUGCAUCUGACAUAAACAUUAGAGCUUAGAAUCAUUUUCCCCUUCUCUAUCAACACAGGGAGACGUAGAUAGACUGUCACCAGGCUGUGAACACACGUGUCAUUAACCUAGAGAAAUGUGGAUUCAUCAAACGUUUGGUCUUUUAUAUCGAGAAAGUGGUGACAGAAAGAUUAUAUUAAGAGACCAUCGCAGGUCAUUUUCAUCCUGAUUCAUAGCCAACGCUCAGAUAUAAUCCAUCAGACUCAUCCUUGGUCGUAUUCAUAGUCACAUGUAUAGAGAUGAAGGAGAGAGCUCCUUUUUUUCUUUGCUAUGUUGAGGGUUCAGUUUCCACGGAUGUAUGGUAUCAAAUUGUUAACCGGCUCGAGGCGGAUCACUGCGUAUGAAUGAAUUGCGUAUCAAAAAUAAUUGCCUCUUAGUUACUGCACAUCUACAGUGUAACCCAAAAGAAGCUUCUGAAGCCUUACAUGAUUUACAACAACACAUUAAGGCGCAGGGAAGUAUUCUGUCUUGACUGAUUAUCAACAUGUCUCGAUCCUGUAUACAGACAGGUACCAUGGUCCUUACAAGGACAAACAGGCUCCUGGCUGUUGUCCACUGAGGGGCCACUUACUGUACUGCAGAGUAGAAUUCCAAGUCAUAUUUGUUUCUCUCCGAGGCUGUAGCAGGAAGCGAAAUACCGAGCCCCUGCUGAAAGCUGCCAGCUUUCAUUCAUUGUAUUCUCCCCUGUAUGCAAAGUGUGCACCUUACACAAAAUCAUGAUAUAUUUUAAUGUACAUAGCUUGAAAAAUGAACCUUCAUUACGUCAUGAAUUAUGUCACAGAUUUAAGUGUUAAAUCUUGCAUUUUGCUGAGAUGAACAAUUCCCAGUGUCACACUGAUUAAAAGUGGAGAUGUUUUGCCCUCUGGUUGUUAGGAAAUUAUGUAUGUUGUAUUAGCAGGUAAACAUUAGAGCCUGCCACAACAAAACCUACAGGGUUCCUUCUGAAGAGCAGGCUUAUGAAUAAUAUUGACGAGGCUGUACAUUAUUUGACAGGAGAGAGCUGAUUUUACUGUUUCUAACUGCUGUCAGGAAACCUCUUGUAACAAGGGGACUAUCCUUCAGAGGAUCCCUUCAUCUCAACAACUAUUAUUGAAUCUAUUGUGAAUUGAAUUUACCAGACACAUCAUAUGCUGUGCUUAUUUCAUUAACCAGGUUUAAAACACAGGACUGUGUCUUGACACAAACCAGAAAGAGGGAUUUCAUUAAAUUAUGUGGCGUUCGUGACAUAGUACAACAAGGCUCGGCCUGCACGAAUGCUAAUUGCAUCUUUUGAUGGGAUGUAGCUUCCCCCAUGCUUUCCAUGUUUUUGUCUCUCUGAGCAUGAGAGGAUAGGUGUGUUAUCAUGAGUCACAGCAACACAAAGCCAUUCUCUCUGGCUCCGUGUACACUGACCGCCUCAAUUCAGCCCAGAUGUGUUUGCUUUGUCUGUGUACCUCUGUCAUUACGAGGUCGCCCUUACUGAAGUUCAAAAGCAAUCAUUCAACCGGGCAAUGAAUCUGAUGCCCUUUAAGUAGUCUGUAAUUUGUUUACGAGGGAAACGCCUGGAGCUUUCCUGAACAUUUGCUCUCCCACUGAUACAUAUGGCUCGACAGUACAGUACAGUAUAAUACAGGAAUUUGAGUUUUCCAGUUCAGAGAGUACCACAGUAUAUAUAAGAAAAAGUAGAGGUGACAGUUAUGUAAAUCACACACAUCUCACCUAGAAAUAUCAAUUCAGCUCUGAAAUGUUGAGAUGUACGCAUUUCUGAUUUCAAUCGUUUUUUUACGCAAAAUUGGUGAAAUAUUCACAGUUGCUGUGUGCACCGCAGCAUCUCCUGUGUGGGUGAGAAAAGGAAGUCACACUUACCAGAGAGGUGGUGUGUGAAUCAUUCCACUCUCUCACACAUAGGAAUACCAGGUGGAGAAAUAUAGAGCAGCAAAAAUACCACAAGACGCAUUUUUAAAAAAAGCCACAUUUAUAACUACUGCAGACUGGCUGCAGAAACCACCACACUGUAAGAGAUCCAGGCUCCAUGUUUUGCCCUCUAGAAGUGAAAUACGUAUAUAGUGGGAUCAAUCUAAACCCCCUUUGGAUUUCAAGGCCAGACAAGCUAUUGAAUGUAAGUCACAGAAUCAGAAAUAGCUAAAAACUAAAAUCAUACACAGAUAUUGCAGCCGUUGAAUAGCACACAUUGAACCGCUGGACCAUGGAGGAAUAGCAUGUGUUUGCCCUGCAGUAACCCAGAGUCAAACCACUUCAAUCUGCCGUGGCUAAUGGGUGGUCUUCUUCUGUGGGACGCCACUCAAAAUACAAGUUGCAGUUAUGUACAGAGAAAAACUGUGUGAUUUUGGUAUCGGAGGUCCUAACAUAGAGGAGAAGAGUGGCUUUGUUCCCUCCAAAGCAAAUCUGCCUUCCUAUAUAUAUCUAUAUAUACAGUAUAUAUAUAUGUAUUAAGAUUCACUUUUCUGUGUUCAGUAUUGAUUAGCUGUGUACUGCUAUGUUCUACCAGUGUACUGACUGUAUUCUUGUAUAAUCCGAUGUUGUUGAUCAUUUUGCAUUUCGUCUGCCACCGUGCUACUGUUAGCUGUUUCAACAUUCAAAGUCUUGACAUAAAUGUUUAUUUUUUAAGCGGGAUGGGGUUUAGUUUUUUAUUGAAAGAGGAUUAUUUUACACUUGACUCUGCUGAAGAAUUUGGUUCAACUGAAAAUAUGUUUGAAUGUGUAUCAAGAACUGCAUAGGAAGGAUUCCAGUUUUGAAAUCAUUUGGUAGUGAGUAUGUAGCCGCCAAUUCUUUUCAGUCAGUGUUUGACUUCGCUCAUAAAGCCAUAAGGAACUUAAGGAGGAAGUGCAGUGCUUUAUGAGAAUGGUGUUUUAGGGUGUUGUAGGUGGAGAGGUGAGUUCUCCAACAGAUACUUUAUAACAAUUAAAGCAACAACUUUCUAUCUGUAAGAAAAGUCAAAGAAUUCAAUAAUAAAUAAGCCAAGGAUGUAAUGAUGAAUAAUGCAAACUGAGAUCUGUCCACCCACAGCAACGAAUUCCUGAAACACCGUGGAUUUUGAAUGGAUUUGAAGACAGAGGGUAAAUAAAUCUUCUCAGGACUAUUUUAAGUUCUAAUGUAAUACGAUGUGAAAGCAUCAUUUUAAAGGUUUUCACAUUUGCAGCAACAAUAAGAUAAAAGCUUUGGUUUUAGAGAUCUGUGCAGUUUACAGGCCCUUUGCCAUUUUCAGUAAUGGCACUUUAACUGUUCCCUUAAUGAUCAGUUAUCACAGAUUAGAAAAGGGAGUGGUCUCUCACUGCCCGACAUCUAUCUCCACUCAUCUAACUAUGUGGUAGCAGUUACGGGAACAUUGUUGAGAUGGUGGAGCUAAAAGCUCACUGCUUCUACAAUGUGCUAAUACAAAUGUCCGAAGGACAAGAAUGGAGCUUUUAACAGCAUUAAAAGCACCGAGUUUAUUGACCACUGCUUCUAAGAUGAGCUGGUUAGUCGCUGCCAUAAAAUCUUGAAAGGUCUCGCAGCUUAGUGGAAUGGCUUUGCAUGGUACGCUUAAGAGCUUUUCUGACUGCAGGAUAGGUGCGACAUAGUAGGCAUUAGAAAUAAAGAAUGCUGAUAUAUCAUUUGACUUAAUAAAAGAUUAAGAUUUA